GAAUGGCUGUCGUGCGGUCGUCUUAUUUAGUGGUGAGAUGGGGUUCUCGGCCCCUUCAUCCUUCUGUCGCUUUUUCACGCUUUUCUCGCUUUUUCGGAGGGGCGCCGAGGAAGGCCUCGCACUGCACUGCACUGCACGCGAAAUCUGGAGGAGGGAGGGGCUGAUUUCCCUUCGUGAAGGGGCACCCAGGGGGUGUCGAUUCAGGAGAAGAUGGGCAGGCUGUGCUGCUGAUUACAUGCAUUGUCGGGCUGAUUCUUCUCAUCAUCCUUCUACAUUCUUUUUAUCUUAUUACUCCAUUCAUAUUUUUCCCUCCUUUUGUCUUUCCUUCGCUGCGUGAAUGUCGCUGGAUUUUUAGACCUCUUUCGUUGGCCUUUUCGCGCCGGACUGCUUGACGCCAUGCUGCUCGAUCGCCAGAUUCCCUCGCUGAAUCCGCGUUUUGCCAUCUUCUUUGCCUGCGGGGUUGCGCUGCUGCUUUUUGCCAUCUAUCACAUCACGCUAUAUACAGAACAUGGCCCCUUCUACAAGGGCAACGUUGGGUCGAGAGUAGGGAGCCAGUGAGUGCGGCCAGAACCAAUGGAAAAUUGUCCCAGACAUCUAAGAAGCACCCAGCGCCCCAGCGUCCGAGCCGAAGACCGCU